AGCUCGGAUAGGAUAGGAUAGGAUCGGAUCAGAUCAAUGGGGGAAGAUGAUGAGGUGAUUGUUCUGGACUUAUGGAACAGCCCCUUUGCUGCAAGAGUGCGAAUAGCUCUGAGAGAGAAGGGAUUGGAGUUUGAGUCGAUAGAGCAGGAUUUGGUCAACAAAUCUUCACUGCUGCUGGAGAUGAACCCUAUCAAUAAGCAAGUGCCUGUCCUCAUCCACAACGGGAAACCCAUCUGCGAAUCCACCACCAUCAUCCAAUACGUCGACGAGACCUGGACAACGACAACGCCUCUGCUCCCCGCCGAUCCCUACCAGCGAUCUCGAGCCAGGUUUUGGGCCGACUACAUGGACAAGAAGAUAUACAAUGCUGCAAAGAAACUGUGGCCGGUAGGCCAAGAGGGGGCAACGGAGCACCUGAUCGAGUGCCUCAAGACGAUCGAAUCGGAGCUUGGCGACAAACCUUACUUGGGAGGCCAUGCAUUUGGCCUUGCCGACAUCAACCUCGUAUCAUUCUCCACCAUGUUCUACACCUGGGAGAAGUGUGGCAACUUUAGCCUAAGUGCCGAAUGUCCUAAACUGGCGGCGUGGAGCAGCCGAUGCCGGGAGAGGGAUAGCGUCGUAAAGUCUGUGCCCGAUCCACUUAAGUAUUAUGAUUUCCUUAUGAAUCUUCUUGAGAAGAAACCUUCAAAUUGAGCAGAAAUCUUAAGAAGCAGCCUCCAAAGUCAUGUUUUUAAACCAAAUAUAUCGUUCAAUCGAAUAUAAUAAAUGCAUCAUUUAUAAGUA